AUGGGGCAGUUUUUCAUCUCUGCAUCGCCUUUUCAGUCUCAGGUCUCUGAUCUUCUACCGUGCAACAAUAAUGGAAAGUCAUCUCUUCUUUACGGUAUGCUCAAUUCCUAUGGACUUCUCAGCUAUUUCGACGAGGUAUUUGCAUUGCCACACUCUUCAGUCGCAGAACUGCGUCAAUUCCAUUCAAAGGAGUAUUUGGAAGUAUUGUUAAGCUCAGGGUUUGAUCAUGGACGGAGCGUUCAUGCAGUGGACGAUGAGACCAUUACAAAAAUUGCGUCACAAGCAACCGAUUGGCUUGAAGCGCAUGCUGAACUGUCAGAAGAGAGAUUGCCGUGGUUUGAUUCCGGGGCCUCGCUUUACAAGUACUUUUUGGACAACAGCUUUGAUGGAUCUGGGACUAUACAACUUGAUCCAUCUUCGCAAGACGAAUUACAUGAUGAAAACAAUGGUCCUCCAAGAAAAAUUCAAAAUCUACUGAAAUAUGGUCUUUCGCACGAUUGUCAUGUUUUCGAAUACUUACCCAUGUACUGCCAAGUCAUAGCGGGCGCAACACUGGCUUUGGCAAAACGUGCAAUUCCUCAGGGCAAACGUACCAUAUCAAUAAAUUGGGAUGGCGGCAGACACCAUGCUCUUCGAUCGAAGGCAAGUGGAUUUUGUUACAUUAAUGACAUUGCACUCUUGAUUAUCAGGUUGAGAAAACUGGGUAUCAAGGCAUUGAGCUAUGUAGAUUUUGAUUUGCACCAUGGAGAUGGGGUGGAACGUGCCUUUCAAUAUUCUGCCAAUGUUCAGAGCAUAUCCGUGCACUUACUCGAGCCGGGAUUCUUCCCCGGAUCAGGAACACUGAAAGAUGCUCGCCAAGGGAAGAAUGUGGUCAAUCUCCCAGUCUUGCAUGGCUUUGAUGACAACGACCUGAAUGUUCUUGUCAACAAAGUUAUUGUGCCAUGUAUGAAAAGUCACGAACCACAGGUUGUUAUUAUACAAUGCGGCGCAGAUGGAUUGAUGGGUGACAAAUAUGGUGAAUGGCAGCUGACAAUCGAGGGCCUAGCUGAGAACAUCCUGACGAUAAUGCGUAGCUUUCCUAACGCCAACAUAGUUCUUCUAGGCGGCGGUGGCUACAAUGAAAGACUGGUUAGUAGAUUCUACACGUUUUUAACGUGGAAAGUUCUUUCCGAAUUUUCGAACGCAUAUGAGGGCUCUAAUCUCUUUGAUAAAGAUGAAGACGUAAUUCCUGACCACGAAUUUCUUGAAUUCUAUAAGGAAGAGUUUUACAAGUUCUGGUACUAUGACAACAAGGGGUGCCGUACAUCUUCUCUAAAGAACGACAAUACCAGCGCUGAUCUUGAAAAACUAGUGCAAUUUUACAGCGCGGCUUAA